GGGUUAAGCCGAGACGGUGACUGUGGCUUCGUUUCGUUCGGUUUCAGUCGUUUGCUGCACAAUGGCGCGAUCGGUCUGUGCUUGUUCGUUCUGCUGCCGCCGUCGUUUCUGAGCGGAGGGCCGGCCCAAAACGUUGGACCGUCCGUUGCGCGGGAUACAAAUCUCACCGCCAUAGUCUCCCGCACGUUUCGUGAACCGCUCAGCUUUCCAAGUUUCCCUGUUUCUCUUGAAUUGUCCUACGCGACGAAGGAGAAACAGUAACAACGACGGCUGGUCGGGAAACAAAUUGCCGAGAACCGUGAAAAACCAAUCGAAAGAAGACCACCUCUCUCGACUACCUACCGACGACCAUCACAGGUAGUGCCGAUUAGAAGAAAAGGCCAGGUUUUAUCCGAAGCUAUUCGAAAAACCGAUACAUCCGGUGAAUACCAUCGGGAGUAAUACGUUUUUCGAGCACGGCGGUUAAUCAACAACGUCUUUGGGGGAAAACUACGGAUUACGUCUGAUAGUUUCUCCGCCCCAGCCUCCCGUUCAGGAACGUACGGCGACAACAGGAAGAACAUACAAAGAGCUUUCUCGUAAAGAGUGAUCGACUAUUACCCACGAAGAUCUCCGUCCAAGGACCCAGCGGUAAACGAAGCAACGCUGCGUGGGCCCGAGCACAAGUGAUAUUCUUACCUAAAUAUUAAUUAAAUACGUAGCUAUACACGUCGUGUUUGUAUUACCGAUAGAGCUUAAAAAAAGCGUGCAAAUCGGCCCCGUUACAAUCCGAUAAAUCGUCGCAGACUACCGUGUUCGGUAAAUCUUGUGACGUGAAAGUGUGUUCAAAAAGAAAACAAAAAUAAAAAGAUUCUCUACUUUAACGGUCCAUUGACAAUAACUACGAGUCAUUUUUAAGAAUUUCGAUUAACCGAACUCAGUGCUUCAUUCGACGCGUCUGAAACUACAGUGGACGCUGUUUCAAAAAGGAAGAAGGUAACGGAAAGCCAGGCGCUAAGUGUUGUCACGAGUGUAAAACACAGUGCGUGUGUGAAAACGGCACAAUAUGAGAGUGACGGCUGCCAUCAGGCAACAGCAUUCUUUUCAUCAGCAAGUGGCUCGUUCCAACAAUGGAAAGUUCCUGUUCAGUCCGAACAAUAAUCAGGACAUCAGUCAACAGCCGACGAGCGACGAGACGAGCUCUGUGCCACCGGUUGUCUUCCCUAGUUAUGAACCAGUGCCUACCGAUCAUCACGGUCCGACCAUUCUCGCUGAUCGGUAUUUACUCCUUGGACCGGCUGAAGGAAGCACUCUCUAUCGAUGCGUCGAUGUUCACACUGGCCAACAUCUCGUCGCAAAGGCAUUAACCGUGGGCGAUAAAGGUUGCAAAGCGCUGCUGCAAGCUCACAUUCGAUUAGAGGGCACCGGAGCAGCCAGCGGGAUCGCAGGUGUGGUGGGUGGACCCGGGAGUCGGCGAUAUCUCCUGCUUGAGGGCCAUCACGGUGACCUGCACGCCUACGUAAGAGCACGUAGGAGACUACGGGAACCGGAGGCGAGGCGGCUCUUCCGGCAAGCGGCCAGGGCCGUAGCCACGUGUCACGAGUAUGGAGUCGUGCUCAGAGACCUAAAGCUCAGGAAAUUCGUCUUUGCCGACGAAGCGAGAACUCGACUUCGUCUGGAGAGUCUUGAGGACGCGGUGAUCGUCGAAGGCGGCGACGACAAGUUGACGGACCGACGAGGUUGCCCAGCUUAUGUGGCGCCGGAAGUACUUCGAUCGGGUCAAGCCUAUUCCGGUAAGGCGGCUGACAUCUGGUCUCUAGGCGUGCUCCUUUACACCAUGCUGGUCGGCCGGUACCCGUUCAACGACGCCGAACACGCGUCUCUGUUCGCGAAGAUCUCGCGCGGACAGUUCGCGGUUCCAGAAGGACUGAGCCCGCGCGCCCGUUGUCUCAUCCGCUCGUUACUGAGAAAGGAACCGUCCGAGAGGCCGUACGCGGAGGAUGUGCCGAGGCAUCCGUGGCUGGCGAAACCAUUGCGAGUAUGCACCGCGUCCAGCAGAUCCUCGUGUCAGGAUCAAAUCGUACCAGAGCUACCUAACAAUCCUCAAGACUGAAUUUUCCGCGUGAAGAAAAUAUAUUACGCGCGCGCACUGAACCCAGCUUUCCUUCUUAAUCACUUAUACGUAUAGAUAGGAAGAAAGGUUGUUCCGAGAGUUCAACGUGAUUUUCCUCUCUUCUCUUCUUUAUUUACACGUACGAUGGUACGAUGUUAGGUGCAGACGCUUGAUUGUAUGAAAAAAAUCUAGCUGUAUCAGCUCCGUCUUAUUCAAAAUUUCGUGUCGAAAGCAAUGAAUGUCAUGAAAGAGAACUAUAAUAAUAUUUCCUGUUUGAACCAGGCGAAACGAAUGAAAGAUAAUGUUGGACCAAAGUGAUAUAUAAUAAAAUGUCUGUAUCUAACUCGCUACGCGAUCAUGUGUACACAGGAACAUUAAAAACAAUAUGCGUGCAUUUUCGUCUCUAUUGCUUUCGUAUGCAGAUUGUGCGUAAAAACCAUGUUAAUUGUUGCAAUGAUAUCCAAUAAUGGGUUAAACUAUUAGUCGCCGUAUCGUGGGAUAGUACCGAUUCCAAACAAACUGUUCUUUCCGUUUCUUUUGUUUCGUUCGCGUUGCGUUACGCUGAGAAAGAACGGUCCAGCAUUAUAAUAAGGAUCGUAACACGUUUUACGCUUGGAAACGUUAGAGAACGUCUAAUGGAAUGAUCGUUAUUCGAACUUCGGUAACAAAAAUAUAUAAACGGCGUUUUGUUUAUUUCAACUUGAUCUAUUUCUUUCAACAUGUAUGUUCACAUAUUAUUAAUAAGAAACAUUCGAUUGUUGUAGCUGUUUAUUUUAAUUGUCAUUAAGCAUCGUAUGUCUGUUUCUGCAAACGUAUGAUUCGUUUCAAAACAUGAAACCGAAUCGUUUAUUUUAUGAAUAGAAGAAAAGUAUGUUCUUAUUUUUGUAUGUGAACAAAAAUAUCUACGUGUAUCUUAUCGUAUUCAGAAAGAAGAGAGUGAAAGACACUUUUUUUAAAUCAGUUUGCCAAACAUUAUACAAAAUUGCUAUUUUCUUCUGUUUAUCUUUUAAAUAAACGUAUAUCCAGUUGACUCAUCGACAUUGCUACAAGUUCUUUUUCAGUUUUGCUUUUUGUUCCUUCCAAACUCAAGACUAUAAACAUAAUUUUUAUAAUGUAUGGUGGAACGAUCAACCUCGUAAUCUUCCUUAAUAAUUUAAUUCGAAAAAAGUACCAAGCGUCGUUGCUGACAUCUGUAUCUGAUAUAAAUUAUUUUGUAAUUCCCAGAAGAAUAAGAUUAAGUCUAGGAUUAUCCAAUGUACAUGUUAAAUAUGCGUAUAAGAGACUUUUUCCUUUAUAUUUUAUAAUGCAGUUCUCUUCGCGCACUGCAUACCGCGUGUUCAAUAUCAGUGCACGACUUCUUGUAUCGUUUGAGUCAGGGUACAAUGGUGGGAGUGUCGUUACGAUGACACUGAAACAUGUAUAUAAGUUCAGUCCACUAAGUCCUACUAAAUCCUAAUAAAUAUUCAUUAGGAACGUUAAUAAGAGUUAUGUACAUAGAUAAAUAAAGUGGCGUUUAUGAUAAAUCAUCGA